GUAGAAUGAAGACUUUUGAGAAAUUGGGUCAUUAGUCGGAAAUGGACGAGUGUAAUUAACGUUCUAAGCGUUUUACUUUCUGCCGUAUCUGGUUGUUCCGGAUUAUCAACGAGAUGGAUCAGGAAUGGAAUGACCAAUGGGACUGGAAUGUGAAUGGGAAUGAUGAAGGAGCCGGAGGACGUUCAGAAGCGUUGCAUCAUAGCAAUGCGCCACCCCCUAUGCACAAGGCUUCGAAUGUUUACCCCCAACAGCCACGCAACAUGUUUUCGAAAACAGGCCCCAAUUAUCAAUCCUAUGUUCAACCUCCAGCCAAUCACGCGGCGCACCAGUUUCAGGAACUUAACCUGAAUCCAAAUGAUGAUGCCAUGCACCAGGAAACUGAUGGACGCUUUACGGAAAAUUGGGCAGCACCUCCAAGUUAUGCCCCCGAGCACCCCAUUACACCUGGUGGAGAUUAUUGGGGUUGGGGUGAUGAAGACACGUCCGUUCCUUACGAGCAGCAUCCCACAGAAACUCCGCAUUCGUUCGUGCCGACCCAAGAAUACCACAAAAUGUCUAUACCAACCGCAUUUGUGAGCUAUAGCGGUUUCACUCCCGCUAAUAAUGAGGAAGUCCUCUUCACGGGAAGCUACUGUUCACAACCUCCGGCUUGCGAUGAUAGCGGGAACAUUCCGGCAACUGGAAUGGAAUCCAUGGGUUCCGCGGGGGUCGUUGAUUUGUACCAGGACGAAGGAGCAGCUGAAUUGGUUGCUAGUGACGGUGAUGCGACUCGGAAGGAUGGAUCGGCGGCUGAAAGUGAUACCGUCUUGUCUCAUGUGAAUGGACCUUCUGAUUCUGCUUUUGCUGACAUCGGAAGUGCGGAAAUGUCGAUUGAUCCUGGUAACGGAAAUGAGCAAGAGGUCGUGAAUGGUGCGAAUAUUGCCGGGACUGACGCAGGGAAUUUUGAUCCAGUUGAUACUCCAAAUGUCUUCGUCGUAAGCACCGAAGAUGAUCACCUUCCAGAAUCUGAACAAGGAGUUCAAACUGAGAAAGGAUCCUCGGUGCCUGACUGCUCAGCGUAUUUCGAACGAGAAGGAGAUGGAUAUCAACCAGCAGAUGCCCAUCCACUGCCGUACUCGUCGUCGGCGGUUCAGCCAUCGAGUGCAAGAAUGCCGCCAUCCGCUGGGACUUCCGCGUCAACCAUUUCUUCUUCCUCUUCAUCCGCAAGUUUGGGUGUGCGACAAGAAACCAUCGGAGAAGCCGCUGGAGAAAUUGAUGACGGCGGCGAUGAUGGCGAUAUUGAUGGAGGAAGUGGUGACAACGACGGUGAGGGAGACGGUAGCUCUGGUGGUGCUUCGUUUAUGUUGCCGCCCCCUCAAACUUUGCAGCAGGUUCCCCCAAGAUUUACGAUGCCGCCGCCUGUUCGAGACCGCAAUGAUGACGGUCGUUUCGGUGGGCCUGGACCGGAAAGGUCGACUCCUCCGCCGAGGAAAGAAACCAUCGGAUCUGAAAGUGAUGGCUUGGAAACCAUGGGUAUGACCGCGAUUACUGGUGCAGUUGCUCCAACCCGAUCCCCGGUCAAUCGCUCUGUCCCGGGCGGCGCAGUGGAUCCUCGUCGUCAGCCGCCGCCGAGUGCAGAUCCGCGUAAUUUCACUCGACGUCUAGCAAGCCAUGGUGUUGGAGAAGGGGGCACCUCAUCAGAAACUGACGAUCGACUGAGACGCGGAAGAACUAGAGUUGAAGAGAGCGGCAAGGAAACGCCUCCGACUACAACGCCCACGGGGGGAGAAAACUCCGCGGUGGAUUCUAGCGGAGGAAAGGGUAGGGACAGGAGGAGGAAAGAUGAACGAGAUCGAUACGGCAAAGGUGAGCCUGGGAGAACGCGGAGGCAUCAUGACGAAUAUCCGGAUGAAGAUCGAAGGCGGCGUGGCGGAAGACGUCAGAGGGACGGUGCUAGUGCCGCCAACGACUCCAAUCCGUCGUCCGAAGACUUUGACGAAGACGACAGAGGAUCCAGCCGACACAAUCGUCAUUACGAUCGUCACCAGGAAGGGAGAAGACGAGCAAGCUCUCGUGAGCGUCGACCCGCGCCAAUGUCUUCCAAUGCAGAUAGAUGGGAUCGUAGUCGGCGUUACGACGACCGACGUGAGUACGAAACUCCGUCUGCUCGUCACUCCAGUGCGAUGGUGGUUGCAAAGCGAAGUGCCGCAGCGGUUGCCCCAACCGGCAGAUACGGAAGAGAAGAAUACGACGAAAGGGACCGUCGAGGUCGUUGGCACGGUUAUGACGACGACGACGAUGCGAGGAGUCGUCGCAGCCGCGGUUAUUCGAGCGUAUACGACAGCCGAUCCAGGCCAGCUAGCAGGAGUGGAUAUCCGCGCUAUGAUGAUCCGUAUCGUGCUCGGGCUGUGCAACAACAAACAGAUUAUGGAAGAUACGCUGCAGCAGCUGGUGGUUACCCGUAUGGAACUGGACAAGGGAUGGAUCCGUAUUACAUGAAUUACGCUGCCCAGUUUUUGUACCCCAUGGCGCAGUACGUUGCUGCAGCUGCGACGAAGCAGUUGACUGCGAAGCUGAACGUGCCGAAUUCCGGUGCAUCGAUUAACGAGCGUGACGGCGCUGGACUGAGUCACCCGAAGGGGAAAUUGCGCAUUGUUGACGUCUUGGAAGUUAUUGGGGAAGAAGGUGGAGUUGAUGCCGCCGUGAUUAAGGCUGGCGAAUUUGAUGGAGGCAACGAAGGCAAAGGUCUAAAACGUUUCAAGGAUGUGCCGAAAUUUUCAGGGGACCAUGCCAUUGGCGACUUCUUAUCGGAUGGCCGCUUCUUGGUUAAAUAUCCCGGUCAGGAUACUCUGGAGAUUUUCGGCAUGUGUGAUACCGUCGAAGAAAUCGAAAGCGCCGAGAAUUACGAUUCCCACUUGGUCGAAUUUCCUGGGCCUCUUUCAAGAUCGUCCAGCAAAAAGACGGCACUUGCGUACUGUAUGCGAAUGAUCGAAGAUCUAGAUGUUAAUAUCGCGUCCGAUCACAUUUUACUGCUGGAAUUCAUUGUUCUGCUAAUCAAGCAGAAUGGGUCCAUGAUGCAUAGUGACAUCGCCGAGCUGCUCGUGAAACGAUGUGAUGUAGAAGCUGUAUCGGGAACUUUGGAUGCACCGAUACGCGAAGGUGGGGAAGGUGUUUCUGGGUUAGAAGCUCGUGCAAUCGCCGAGGGGCAGGAACGGGGAAUGCCCACUGCUCGUGGCGACGGAGCUUCUUCCACUGGGCUUUCUGUAGUAGAUAAUCCACAACUAGAAGUAGACGAUGGUACGGGAGAGGAUGAGUCCUUGGAAACGUUUUACCGCCUUAUGUUGGCGGGGCAGCGGUCGGAGGCACUAGAUCACGCCGUUGGGACCGGGCUGUGGGGCCAUGCUGCGUUGUUGGCUUCUAAAAUGAUGCCAGCGGAGUCGGGAGCAUUUGAGCGAAUUUUAGCAGCUUUUUCCGAGUCGCUGCGUCCGCAAGAUCCAUUGAAAACACUUUAUCAUCUCGUGCUGCAUCAAACCUCUCCCAACAUCACCAAUUGGAACCCAAGUCUGGGAGAUUGGCGCUCCCAUCUUGCAAUGGUAAUCGGAAAUUGCGAAGACGACGAAAUGGUUUCUCAGACUAUCGAAAGGAUGGGCGAUAAUUUGAGGGCGAUGGGCAAGUUACACGCAUCUCAGUUCUGUUAUUUGGUUGCUGGCUCAUCGUUCGGCUCGUGGGAAGAUCCCGGCGCUCGACUCGUGUUGCUUGGCGCUGGUAGAACUGACUCGUCGUCAAGCGUAGUGAAUUAUGAAGACAUCACUACCAAUUACGCUAUCGGUUUGACGGAGUUGUACGAGUACGGAAUGCGACUUUCCCAUCCGGAAUUCUCCAUUCCACAGCUUCAGGCAUUCAAGCUAAUAAAAGCUGAGAGGCUUUUGGAUGCCAUGAAGUCGGAUGCAGCGUACGACUACGUGGCUGCUAUUGGUGAUUGGAUCGGACGUACGGGGGCAUCUGGGUUGAUCGAUGUUGACGGCUUCGUGGAGGCUGUGUUGGAGAUAGCAGAGAAUUUGAAACCGAUCGGUUUCCGGCGCGCUCGGAAUCGGGAUGCCCCCGGUUGGCUGACAGCAUUAAAAAUUAGAGCUCGUGGGCAGCCGCGUCCCGAACGUCGGGAUAGUUACCAGGUUCAGGAACAAGUCCAGAAUCAGCAACGGUUUGAGCAUCAUGCUGCUCAAAUUCAGCCCGAACCAGUGGCUCCAGAGGUUGUAAAGAAUGAAGCGCAUGUUGAUCUACAAAAAAGUGUCGAUAUGCCCGUGCCGACUGCUGUUCCACAAAUGCCUUCCUUGCCCGAAGUUCCAGCUGAACCAGUGUCCGCACCGGCUCAAGUGCUUCCUCCACCCGCAUCAAUGGGUGUUGCCCGUAAUCCGCCGUCUGUUGGGGAAAUCACACCGUGGUCUCAUAGUCAGCCUCAGCCGCUUCCUGCUCCAGUUGCUCCUUUACCCAACAUUCCUGAUGCAGCCAGAGAGCCUGUACAGCCUAUGAUGGUGCCUGGCGUUCCUCAAAACUUCACAGCUGGAGGUUUUCAUCCAGGAGGCAUGACACUUGCAGAUGUUCACCCACAGCCCGGUUUUGAACCGAAUAAUAGGGCUUAUCGUUCGGGAUCAGUCGAAUACUGGGACCCGGCCUCAGCGCCUGCAGUAGCACGGAAGAGGUGCGUGGAGUUGCCGGCAGCCGUUGCCAAUUACCGCUGUAUUGAGGAGGAGGAGGAGGAGGAGACAGGGUCCUUAUCGGAGGAAUCGGUUUCUUCGCAAAUAUCCGUCGAGUCCGAUCGUCAGUCAGUCUCGUCUGCCAGCACCCUUGCUGCCAGCGGGCAUCUUGGAGCAAUCGGAGCAGAGAGACGAAAGAAUUCUUCGGGAGACACGAGUUUGAAUUCGAGUAGAAAUCAACGUUUUCCUCCUUCCGCCAACUUUGAACAUGGCUUCCCGCCUCCGGCUGGGAGAAGCGGGAUGCGAUCCCAGCGGCCUGGGCCCGUCGGUGACAGCUGGGCUGGAAACAAUUUUUCGUCCUUGCCACCUAUGCCUACUUUGUCCGAACGACCGGCGAAUGAACCGAUGCCUGGUUCGCAUAAAAUGCCUCAUGAACUGUCGGAAGACAAGAAGCAUCAGCAGCAACCAGCGAAAAACGGAGAUAUUUCCCAAAGUGCCACUGCUCCGAGCUGGAUCAAGAAAAUCGUGAAUAAACUGGUGCCGAACGCACCGAACCAGAUGAUACUUCCAGAUGAUAGCCAGAAAUCCAUCAUUUGGGACGAUAAACUCAAGAAGUGGGUAAACCAGGAUUCGAAUGGAGCCGAAACGGAAGCGUCUGGUCCGAUCGCACCGCCCAAAGACUUCGAAUUGCCUGGUGGCCCUCCGUCACUGCCUCCGCAACAGCCUUCCUUUGAUCACGGGGCUCAUGAUUCGCAUUACCAUCAGCAGAGUCUUGACCGUUUCCCGGAAAAAAUUGAGCCGACUAAUAAUGAGACGACUCUCGCGUCUCCUACGAAUUUGAUCCAUCAGGGCUCUCGUCCACAAUCCCAGUCGACUCCGAAGUCUGAAGCGAGCUCUAACGCGCCUCCUGCUCCUGCUGAAAAUAGGUUCAAGCGUAAGGGUGGUAGGUUAGGAUAUGUUGAUGUCUUGAACCCUAACAAAAGCGCCGAUACCUCGUCCUCGAAACCGGUCGUGAAAUCACCUGCUUUCCCUGCGAAUGUCUUCAUACCUCCUCCUCCUGAACCAACGACCGAAGCGCUGGAUUUCGUCAGUAGACCAGGCGAAGAAACGCCCAACGAUGAAAAUUUUCAGGGACACGAUGGUGUGGAACCCGGGAACUUCAUGAAUCCUGAAAAGUUUCGUGGAGGAAGCCAACAGCCAGCUUCCAGGCCGAUGGGGAGCCGUUACCCGACCCAUUAUUGACGAAAAUUUAUUUUAUUUUCUCCCUUCGAAGAUGUGUCCUCGUUCCUUGCGUGAUAUUUCAAGCUGUGUGAUGAGUGUGGAAAAGAUACUCUCCAGCCAUCCCACUUCCUCGAUUUAUCCCACAAAACUCAUAGAAUCAGGAUAGGAAUUGUGCUUGUGUUGUUGCUAGGUAGAGUGUUUGAUGUAGGUGCCGAGUGAGAAUUGCGAGUGAGCAAAGUAUACUUUGCUUUUGAUUCGAAAAUUUGUUGGAUUUAAGCGUAAUGAAUGUCUCGUGGCAUGAUUGGAUUAUGCUUCGAUCAAGGGGGUUCAAAGCAGCGGAAAAGCUUCAUUUGAGAACAUUUUCCUCCAAAAAAAAGGAACUGGCGUGAAAGUACUCGUUGAGCAGUUUUUUUUUACUCCGAUGCGAUGUCUUCAUGUCAAUCCUGCGGGAAACAUAUGUCCAGUUCCGAAAAUUUCUACUUUCCUGUUUUUUUUUUCUGCUUUUAUUUCUGCUGUUUUUGUGACCCCCUUGUUUCUGUAAAUUAUUAAGGAAUCAUGACGAGGUUUUCAUAUGUACGAUAUUAACUAUUGUUUAAUGUUGAAGGGAAAUGGCGAAUGAGUGCUAUAAAAGCAGGAAAUAUUCAUUGGAUUCGUGCCUUUAAUUAUGUCAACGACCCUUCGUUACUGAAUGAGAAAACUCGAAAGCUUUUUACCAAUAGUUUCAGCUGGAACGAAGUUAUAGCAUUCCCAAUUGCAAAAGCACCGGCUGGCCGUUCAGAAAAGGCAGGAAGAGUAUCCACUGAGGUUCGGGUGAUCUGCGAUGUACGUUUUUAUUUCGGUUUGUGCGUUGUUAUCCGUGCUCAUUGCAUAUACAGUAGGAAAAAAAAGAAUUAUUUUUUUGAAUGGAAAUUUAUUUGAAGGCUGUACAAUUUAGUUCGGUCGAAGCUUCAUUGGUUAAGAGCGACCGAAGCGCGGAGGUUUUGGGGUUGAUGCUUUCACCCGUUACGGUUGUUAUGGAUUUUUCCCCCCGAGAAUUUGAGGGAAAACUGUGUCGCUAGUUGGUGUUGGGGAGGGAAAUUUAAGAUCAGCAGAUUCAACUGUUCAAGUGCCGAGAUUUUAUUGAAGUGUGAGUUACGUGGAUACGGAAUGUUAUAGGCUCAUCUGCUUUCGACACUUGGUGACCCUGACGACUGCGAUAAGCGAAUGGAUAAAGGAAUGAAUUCAUCUCUUCUUUUUUUUUUUCAAUCUACGGCGUAAUCUGUGUUUCUCCAAAGAUUGUUGGUUUGCGCUCCUUUCGAAUGUUCAGAACCGUUACCGGGAAUGCCAAGGGUUGUCUGGGAAAGUGGGCGGUAAAAUACAACUUGGUGUUUCAUAGGGUGGUCUUCGGGACGAAAAGUCUUCCCUCACUUCAAUCCUUGAAUUUUUAUACCCGCGGAUCUUUCAUCUAACC